AUGGUAUGCAGGAAGCCCGUUGGGCUGCGCGAGGUUCACAUUAUCCAGCGGAUGCGCAACCUUCUCUGCGUGACAAUCACGCAGAUUGCGCUCGCUGUGGACCGCUCCAGAACCGCGGUCUACCGCGCCCUGGACAUCUCGCCCAACCGCGGAUCCAUGCCUCGGCGUGACCGCCCGCCCGCUCUUACCAAGAAGCAGGUAACGUCACCCGUGAUCACGAAACGCGCGCGGGUAAAGUGCCCCGACAGGACACUGCGGAAGGCUUCGGCAAAGAAAGGAGUCGAGUUCCGGAGGCUUCGGGCCAAGCCAUUGCUGACUAAGGCCGAUCGUCGAGAGCGUUUGGCCUUUGCGAGGAAGUACAAGGACAAGCCGACGAGCUUCUGGCUUAAGUCAGUCCAUAUGCACAUCGAUUGCAAAACGUUCCCGGUCUACGUCACCGCUCGCGGGAGAUUGCAUGCGGCGACGCGGGAAGUCCGGGGGGCUUGCCGCCAGCGGUGCGAGGGCCUGGCUGACGGCAACGUCGUUCAGCCCAAGGAAUUGCGGUUCAACCCGGGGUGCAAGGCCGUGAAGAUCAUCGCCGGUGUCGGGAUGGAGCGGCGCAUGGCGAAGAGCAAGAGGGAGACAAGGGCCGAGUUCACCAGGCGUCUGCACCGCGCCGCGCGCCUUGCCCUGAGCCAGGAUUUUUUGAAGAAGUCCAUCGUGGCAAUGAAGCGCCGCUGCCGGCUUCUGUUCGAGGCGAAGGGCGUCUACUUCCAGGAAGACGCGCAGCGCCAGCGCGUGCACUUUUCGCACGCCCGGACCUGGCCCCCCGCGGACCAGCAGCCCAGAGACCUGACGCGGGAGGGCUUCUGGAAGCAUUUGGAGCAGGUCUACCUGGACGCCUACCCCGAGGCGGCGAACGCAUCGGGGUCGAUCCUCAUGUUCGGUGCGGUGGCUGAGGAGGCUCACGCAGCUGGCCACGACGGGCGCAGGGACUUGCACCGCCACGCAGCCUGCUACACGAGCUCGAGGCACUACUGGCGGAAGGUUGCGGCAAUCAGCCACCGGCGCUUCGGCGUGAAGCUGAAAGCGGUGGCGCGCGAGGGGUACUAUUCCAUGUAUUCCUACUUGACGGUGGCCACCCCCAAGAAGCCGCAUUCGGAGCUCGACCAGGAGCUGUUCCUGAGCCAGAUGCACCCGCGGGGCGAGGCCUCCCGCAAACUCCUGGAAGCCGGCCAGCUGUUCUCCCGCGCCAACGCCCGGAAGCGGCGUGCUCACGAGACUGGGCAAACUCGCGCCAAGAGUGUGCGCCCGGGCGACGCGUUCACUUUGGUUCAGGAGAAGGGCAUCAGGACGGUCUCGGAGUUGCAGGGGUUAGCAGCUCGCGCGGCCAACGAGGGCGACGCCAGCCUCGCGCAGUUCUGCGCGGCGCAGGUCGAGGAGAAGCUGAACGACUUGGUAACCUCCUCCGUGGCCAUCUUGCAGGCGCCGCGGGCGAUUGCUAUGAGGGCGGCGACGCGGAUGGAUCUCCUUCGCUUUGCCGCCACCGAGGUGGGCUGCGCGUGCCGGGGCGCCUGGGCCCCCGGGGCCCUGAAGGUUCUGGAGAACGAGGAAGACGUCCAGCGCUUCUGCGCCGACGUCUGCGGCGCCCGCACCUCCGGGGCUACAAGGGGCACGAACAUCGCAGUGAUCGGGGGGCCCGGGUGUGGGAAAUCCAUGCUCUUCGAGCCGUUCGACGGCAUUUUCAAAGUCAUGGGCAAGCCCCAGGCGAAGUCUUCGUUCCCACUGGCGGCUGUCCUGGACUCGGUGCUGCUGUGGCAGGACUGGAAGCACAACGACGCCACCAUCCUCUUCGAGGAUUUGCUGUCCAUGCUCGUGGGCGAACGCAUGGAUAUCCGCGUGCCCAACAAGAAGAAUGCGAUGACCGAGCGCUUCGCCGCGCGGGUCUGGCUGGCCCCGCUCCCGCAGGAGGCGCGCGUGAAGGCUUCCUCGGGCCACGUCAAGCCGAGGAAGAGCAACAAGUCCUCUUUCGGCAAGAACGUCAACGUGGCCGUGGCCAUCUCCGCAAAGAAGGUGCUCAUGUGCCGCGUUAUGGGCGGACGUUGGAACGCGGCGACGGCGGCGGAGAUGUACCAGGAGGCCUUGGCCCCGGCGCUGCGCAAGGCCAACGCGAAGUCGCGGUCUGUCCUCAUUCUGGAGGACAACGACCCAACGGGGUACAAGGCCAAGCUCAGCAAAGAGGCGAAGGAGAAGGUGGAGUGCAUUCCCUUCCCCAAGCGCAGCCUGGACCUCAACCCCCUUGACUACGGCUUCUGGUCCAUGAUCAAUAAGCGCCUGCGGGGCCAGGAGGCGAAGUUCCCGCCGUCCAAGAUGGAGAGCAGGGCCGCCUUCAUUCGGCGCCUGAAGCGCACCAUCAUGCGGGUCCCCUCGGCCACCCUUGAGCCACUGGUGCAGUCCAUGAAGCGGCGCUGCAACGCGUUGCUGGCCGCGAAGGGCGCGGACUUCGAGGAGU